AGAAAAAAUUAUGUUCAAUUGAGGGAACAGUGCCUUGUAAAGGUUAUGGUGAAUGUGUUAUGAGAAAAUGGAUUGAAAAUGGCCAAAGUAAUUGCAUCGAUAAAUCUGAUCAAGAUCUUGCUUAUAUCGCUGUAUUUGGUAUUAAACGUGCAUCUAAUUUAUAUCAAAGCAUACAAUUUGGAUGCAAUACAUCGGUUGACAUGAAUGAUAUGAUUAGCACCAAAAGAUAUGUCACAUCUUCGCAUCAGUCAAUUUCAUCAUCACCAUCACAUCUUGCUUUAACAGAUGAUAUUGAUCGUGGUUCAAUUUCAAAUAUUACAAAAAACUGGAAUAAUGCAACCACUCAAUCGACAACCAAACAAUUUGUAUUUCAAAUACCAAAUACUAACAUGAAUGAUCAUAAUUUCAAAUCUUCGGAUUUUGAUAACCUACGAUAUACUACGGUAGCUGAAUUCAUCAAUAAAGCAGAAAUUGUCAACGAUUCCAUACAUGUAAAUCAUCAGGUGCAGCAAAAUUCUCAAAAUAUUAUUCCAAAUAAUACUGGACAACAGCACUCUUUCAAUACUUUUCAGAAUUUCAUCACACGAGUUGACAGUAAUCAUGCAGGGCAUGAUCAUGCUGAUAAUAAAUCAAAUGCAAUAACAAGAACAGGAACAACAACAACAACAACAACAUAUCAGUUUUAUCCGAUUACUGUAAAAUCGAUUACAGCUGAUUUUUUUACUGCUAAUCCUGCUAUUAAAAUGGUACAACCAUCAUUCAUUAAUUAUCCUAAUGAUAAUUCAAUGAAACAAAUUUCUGGAAAAUUCGAAAAUUCAUCAACAGCAUCAACAAAUCCAGCAAAUUCACAUAAUGAGGAAAAAUUAAAUGAUAACCGGUAUACAUCAAUUAAAUCUUCCAAUGCUAUCCAAACCAAUAAUGGUAGUGAUAGAUUGGGAUAUAAUAAUACCUUAAAACAAAAUAAUAUUAUUAAACCAAAUGAUAUUUCAUUAUCAUCAUUAUCAUCAAAUCAAUCAUGGAAUCAAAAUGAUACAUUCAAUUCUUCUACAAGUAUGAUAUCAAAUAAUAUCAAAAAUAUAGCAAUAAUACGAAAUGAUUCACAACCGCCAAUACCGCCACCAAUUACACCAAAUCCACAAUUGGAAGAACACCGGGAGAACAAUAUACCAGAGAAUGGUAGCUUGGCUAGCUUGGCUAAUACUAUCACUAGUAUCACAUCAAAGGCAUCACCAGAUCAAAUAGCAUGCGCACGUUAUGAAUACGCCGAAGCACAACGUUUGGUACCAAAGCCACAAUGUACCUGUCCACCAGGACAAAUGCCUAGCGGUGAACAUGGCCAAUGUAACACAACAAUAAUAUCAACAUUUGGCAUAGAUGUACAUGAUAUGUGUGGUGGUAUAGAAACUGAUCCAGAAGAACGAUCUCGACUUGCUCUUUUAGUAGUUCGUUUUUUUUUCUUCCUCAUUCUCUAA